GCAGUGUACGGCCAACGGACCAGCUGACCAGUCGUGUUUCACUGUCGCAAGGAUCAUAAAGACCUUCGGACAGGAACUAUGACCAACUGACCACCACUUUAAGGGAACUACCGGGUACUGGCCACCAAUUUUUGAAAUUUGAACUGUGACUUUUUUUAUUUAAAGUAAGGAUAUAUAUAAAGAAAAGAAAACAACGUGUGUACCUGGUAAGAGCACUAUCAGCAGGACAGGGAUGUAUGAGAAAGACUAGCAGAAAAAAAUCCAAAUUAUAUAACAGUCAGCUAAAAAGAACGGUCCGAACAAAUGAAUGGAGUGUUUGAAAAGUGCCAAAUGCAACCAGCACAUCCUGAACUUGACACCAUAAACACUAAUAUCGGCUAAAGGUUUACAAAGGAGGUAGCUGAUCAUCCAAACUAAAUCUCGUUUCUUCAGAUAAAACAUCGGAAGAUAUAAAUAUGACACGCGUAGUUGCUCUAUCAUUGACUUUGUCAGUAUUUCUACAGCUCCUGGGAUAUUCAAGGACAUCCGGAACUAGGGGAAGUAAACAGGGAGAUUCGUUCAACUACAAAAUCCAUAUGGACGGACAUUAUACAACGUCAUCACAUCCAAAAAAUAUGAACUUUUUGAUAGAGGACCAAGGUCGGACCGAGACGUUACAGCUGAAACGUAAAGACAACAUCAAUAUCAAUUCUCCACUUUGUUCGAUCUCACAGGGGCACACACUUUGUGAGCGCGGCGACAUCAACGGUGUUGCAUUUUAUCAUUCAAAAGACAAAGUGGGUGCAUUCGCAGUAAAAGAAAACAAAGAUGGUAUAAAAAAUAAACAAAUAGAGGGUGUAUAUAUUUCAGACGACGAAGCCCACCAGGUGGAGCCAUCAUCUUCUCUGUCUCAUCUCCUUAUUAACCAAUCUUCACAUCAUAUCACAAAGCGGAGCAGUACAUUUGUCGCCAGUGGCCGAACGGUGAGCAUCUUAGGAAGGCGAAUGGUUAACAUUGUCGAAUCCUCUAAUCGUAUCAAUGAGUACAAUAAUGACUUAAAGGAGGAGAACAGCGAUUACAUCGUAGAAGUCCUUAUCAUGAUCGACUACAGUCUCUACAAAAAAUUUUUAGACAAGGCAAAUGGACAGGACGGCGAGGCUUUGACUCAACUCCGCUACUACUUCGCUCAUAUAGUUAAUGGCAUGGAUCUUCGAUAUUCCUCAAUAAAUAAUACAGACUUCCGAGUGUCUAUAAGAUUGGCAGGAUUUUUUGUUGCUAAAAACAGAACAGACCUGCCUUUUGUACUGACCUUCCGUCAGGGAGGGGAUAUCAGGUCAAAGGUCGACGGGAGUGCUACACUUCUUGGAUUGACCAACUUUCUGAAAGGAAAGCCGAACCUACCCCACCAUGAUCAUGCUAUGUUAUUCACAGAGCAUGAUGCAACAAAUGGGCGAGGUCACAUACUUGGUACCAGCUACCUCAGUGGUAUCUGUACGCCUAUGAGUACCUCUGUCAUAGUGGAUCAUGGCUCCUAUAACUCCGCCGGCAUUGCAGCGCACGAGCUCGGGCAUAAUUUGGGUGUAAUAUACCAUGACGGAGAUUCUUCUUCUCUGACGUCACUUUGCCCAAAGGAAUUGAACUACAUCAUGGCGCCAUCAUCCGCUAUUAUAAACAGCAAAACAAAAGAAUAUAGUUUCAAAUUUUCAGAUUGUUCCAUCAGACAGAUUGAAAAACAAAUGAAAAAACUUUCAAACAGGAACCGGAACUGUUUGGCGGAGGACACAGGGCCGUCAUUGGCUACGAUAGUUGUGAAACCUUAUCUGAUGAUCCCUCCAGGCCAAAUAGAAGAUGUACAUAAUCAGUGUAGAGAUGUAUAUGGCAAUUCAUCCUUCAUGUGUCCGCCCUCCUCGACAGAGGAGAUGUGUUAUAAGAUGUACUGCUAUGAUCCCAAACGGAAGAUCUGUAUCACAGCUAGCGAACAACGAGCGGCCAUGGGGUCUUCUUGUGGAAAUAAAAAGUGGUGUAAACUUGGGAAAUGCGUUUGGGAUGACAAAGCACCGUCAGUUCCAGCUGACUGCCCGUUUCCAGACGUCCCGCCUUCGAGGACUAGGUGUAGUGAUGAAGCGUCGCCCUUCAGAUGUAGGGACCCCAGCUUCUAUAGACGCUGCUGCGAGUCAUGCAAUAAAAAUUUCACAAAGGAAGAAUCGUGUAAAGAUAUGAAAAUCCUUAUAAAUGGAUUACAGUGUAGUCAAUUUAUACAGCGAUACGGCACGGAUAUAUGUACCCUUGACCCUAAUGUGAUGAACUUUUGUUGUAAGAGCUGUACAAAUCCGCCAGCACCUACCGUAUCGCCUAUAGAAACCAACUCAUAUUCACACGUGACAGCCUCGACAUGUACGGAUAACAAUUUUGUUCGGAUUAAUGGGAUGGAAUGUCAGGACUUUAUCUCUCAGAACGGACGACGAGUGUGUGAUAGGGAUAUGAUAAAUAAACAUUGCUGUGCCAGCUGUUACCUGUUGAACAGAUAGCCCCAAAACAACUG